ACCAACAACCACCACGCCACCGAACACCGUCGCGUUACACCACCGUGUGCUGUACCCUCCUCUUUACGGCGCUCACAUCCGCGUCCGUUCGCCGCACCGAUCACCUGCGCGCCAACGAGCCGGACAUCCACGGUUACGGCAGCAUGAUCACACUUUGGACUCUUCACGCGACGGCGUUUCUCUGCAAUUGGGCGUUCGCGUCCUCGUCGAUCUUGACGCCACUCAAGGACGACGGUAGUCUUCGGAUCUUCAAGGAUCCACCGAACGAGUUCGAGUAUGUGCUGAAGAGACACGGCAUCGACGAGAGUAGCGUCAAUGGCAAAGACGCGGACUCCAAGGAAAGACGUAGCAGUUCCUCCAGCUUUAUCAGGUUCGGACGUGGUCAAGCUGCAUAUGAGAAUCUCGUGUCGGAUGGCGAAGCCGACUCGAAGGUCAGCAGGCAUCCGCGAUGGAAGCAAUCGGACGUCGUCAUCAGAUUCGGCCGGUCCAACUUCAAGCGAGGGAGGAACGACGCGAAUUUCAUCAGGUUUGGCCGUAACACACACAUACAAGUCGUGCCGGCCGAUCUCGAUCUGUCCGCGGUGUGUUCGGUGCUCGUGUCGAGCGGCGUGAUCAGCGACGGGGAGCUCCAUCCAGACGUGCUGAGGCUACUUCGUCUUUGCAACAGUCUGAAUAAGAUCACCGGCGAGAUUAAUCUGGACGCCUUCGAGGACCAGAUUGAAUCGAAUCGUCACGAGUGAAUACCCGGCGCCGUUGCUGCCACUCACGCUCGCCCGAUCUUCGAGGUCGCCUCGUGCAGACUCACCCGGGGAUUCGACGACGAGUGCCAACGGGAAUCAUCAUCGGCGGCAUCACGGUCUCGUUAGCGAGCCGAUCGAGCCGCGGUCGAGCUGCAUUUGGCUUCCAAACGACGGCCGGGAUCGCGUUGUUGUCAGCGCGCUUGUACUACUUAAGCAAACCUGUCGACUUGUUAAGCGAGCCUAAAUCGAUUUUGUCAAGUUGCAACGAAUUCCGCGAGAAUCUAUCUUGGCUAGGUUAUACGAAGAAACAGACAUUUAAUCGCAGGAAAUUGCUUUCUGCUCCUUGUUCCCUCGCGCGAACGCGAGGUUCGCCUGCAUCCGGAUUCUUUCGGUGUAUUUUCAUUAAUAUUAUCUCUUUUCUUACACUUUUCGAAGCUACGUCUUUCUCCGAUUUUUCCACGGGAAAAGUCAGUCCUUUUCCGAAGAACAAAAAAAUCAAAUCGAUCGAUUCGCGUUAGAUUUUCCGUUUUCUCUUUUGAGUUUAAUAACCGACCGUUAUUUUCGAUAGUCGAUUAUAAAAUCCAUAUUUUGCGUUACACAUAUCCGUUCAACCGAGUGGAACGAUCGACCACAACACACUGUCCUUACUCGCAAAAAUGAAAUUACUGGCGAACCAAAUAAAAAAUACACAACACGCACGACAAACGGUUCCGAUUUGUUAUUUUCGUAAUAGCGCUUCCAUGGUAGGCGAAACCGUGAUUGAUCAUUCGCCCGAAGCUCCGCUUGCUUUUGCCGCUGUAACGUCUCAAUUAGCGCUCGUGAUUUCCCGGUGGCCGAGAAAUUCGAACGGUAUUCAACCGUACUUCAACGAGCUCGAGCCCUUUCGAUUCGACGGGGAACAAACGAAAGCUGAUUGUUCCCGCGCUUCAUGACGAAUAUUAUUCUACGCUACGCUACGCUGCGACGACAUUUCUCCACAGUCAGCCGACACGGCCGAUCACUCGGGAAUUGCAAAAAUCGAUCAGAACGCUCAUUCACGCGCGUCUACGCUUGUACACGUGUACCUGUUUUACUUUGAAGGAAGUGAAACAAAAAGUGAACACACAUACAGCAAAAUGGAAAGAAAACAAAUUGUAGCGCACCCGUAAGCCGACAGCGAAUGUCAAGAUGCGCAUGUGAUAUCCGGUACCGCGCUGUACAUCCACCUGCCUCACUACGUGUUCGGUGUACAUAUAAAUUUGACGAUCUGACAGUUUCGAGACACCGUCGAUGUAGUCGUAGAUCCGUGUUGUAAUUAUGCUCUCUCUCUCUCUCUCUCUCUCUCUC